UUGUCUCCUCUCUCCCUCUGUCUUCUUGUCGAAUCAUUUCGUAAAAUUUAUAUUGCAAACCUCGAAUGCCAAGUUCGCUGGGGACGGACCAUCUCUGAUGACUGUAAUAGACGUUUCGCAGCUUGAUAAAACGCGGUUGGAAUACUUAGUAAUUCAACUUUUGUGGAUUUCAGAAGCUUUGCGUUUUUAUCUCUUUUUGUAAUUUUUUGUUAAUUAGGACGUUCCACGUAAGUUGCUUCACCGCUUGGAGGGGGAAUUGAAGGAAUUGGUUUUGAAAUUGAAGCAUUGAACAGAACAAGCUGGGAGGCUAGGGUUUACCAUCUUUCUCUUGUUUUUUUUGGGAUUCGUCGGAUUAUCUGAUUACUCGGUUUGGGAAGUGAGGUUUCUUGAAACGUUUUUCUGUUUUCAAGAGUUGGGAAGAAGGGGUGUUGGUGGGGGAGGAUAUGUGUAUACUUUGCGUUGUUCAGAAGUGGUCGCGGAGGAUUGCUACCAUGUUGCCGUGGCUGGUAAUUCCACUGAUUGGCCUCUGGGCUUUAUCACAGCUCUUUCCACCUGCUUUCCGGUUUGAAAUUACGUCAUCAAGGCUUGCCUGCGUGUUGGUGCUACUGGUAACCCUGUUCUGGUACGAGGUGUUGAUGCCUCAGCUGUCAGCAUGGCAGAUCAGGAGGAAUGAUAGGCUCAAGGAGAGGAAGAGGUCUGAAGCUAUUGAAUUACAGAAAUUGCGAAAGACUGCUACUAGAAGAUGCAGGAAUUGCUUUACUGCUUAUCGUGAUCAGAAUCCAGGUGGGGGUAAGUUUAUGUGCUCUUACUGUGGCCAUAUUUCAAAGAGGCCAGUUCUCGAUUUCCCUGUGCUUUCAGGGAUGGAAAAUUCGGGAAUUUGGAAGAAUCUGGUCAGUAAAAGUGGAAAGAUAUUAAAUGGCAAGGCUUGGCUAGAUAAUGGGUUGGUCUGUGGGCAGGAAUGGCUUGAGAAUAGCAAUUGUGGAAGCGGACCUAUUUACCGGAACUCAAUCGAUAGACAGAAGAAUAGUGGUGAUUUAUUUGGAGAUCAUGACAAUUGUUUGACAGAAAGAUCUUACUCUCACGGUUUUCUUUUUGGUUCCCAAGCAUUAACGAGAUUUUUCUUUCAUGUCACCUGGCUUUGUAGAAAGCUUUUUAGAGUUCGAUCUUCCAGAGAUGAUUCUUCAGUUGAUUCAAAGAGCAGAGCAGUGAUAGAUAAUUGUGGUGAGAAUGGGGUGAGUUGUCAGGAGAGUAAAGCAGAAAAAGCUCGUAGAAAAGCCGAGGAGAAAAGGCUUGCUAGAUUAGAGAAGGAGCUACUGGAAGAGGAAGAAAGAAAGCAGAGAGAGGAGGUUGCAAAAUUGGUUGAAGAGCGAAGGAGAUUGAGAGAUGAGAAAAUGGAAGCUGAAAAAGAACAUGGAAAAGGAUCGUCUCGACUUAAGGAAAGAGGGGGUAAUAAGGAGUCUGAAAGGAAAUGCCAGGAGAAAAAGAAGGAAAAAGAUCGAGGGUCAAGUAAAAGCAACUCUGAUGCUGAGGAGCUAGAAAAAAGAGCAAACAAGGAUAGAAAGGAGCAGCAAAGAACUGGACUUGAAUGUACGAAACCUCAUGGUGCAGAAAUGGGUUCUGGAUUUAGGGGUGCUACUGCUAGCAAUCAUAACCAAGGAAUUGCUGGAACAAGAUACCUGGAUCGCAUGAGGGGCACUCUUUUAUCUUCUUCCAGAGCAUUUACUGGAGGUGGUUUUUUUGGAAACAGCAGUAAUGCAACUACUGUUUCAAGAGGAAACAAGCCUAAUACAUUAGUAGAAAAUAUUCAAACUUCUACACAUGGAAAAGAUUCUGGAAGAGCAACCGCAAACAGAGACAAUAAAACUUCCAACCACCCUGUGCUUGUUGAAGCUCAGCCAAGCACCGGACCAAAAAAGUCCUGGCAGCAACUAUUUACUCGCUCCUCUGCUGUACUUCCACCAUCUAGUUCGAAUGUUAUAAGCAGACCUAUCGGGAAAUGUGAAGCAGUUCAGAGUCCACCUUUUUCUGGUCAUCCGAAUCCAACCCAAUCAGCUGAGAAUCCUACCAAUUUUGGAUUGUCAUCACCGUUCAGCUUACCUUCAUUUUCUCUUGGAUCAAGUGGCAGCAAUGCAGUUCUUUCUGAACCAAUGCUUUCCAACAUGAAAGAUUCACCUCAUCAAUUUUUACCAGAGGAGUCGGAGAUUUUUGAAGACCCUUGUUAUGAUCCAGACCCCAUAUCCUUGCUAGGUCCGGUUUCUGAAUCACUAGAUGAAUUUCAACAGGACCUUGGUUUUUUGAAGGACACUGAAUUCAAAGAACCAUUUGCUGUGAAGGCUAAAGCUGGACCCUCUGAAAUCACAAAGCCAUUGCCUAUUGAGUCUCCAUUGUUGAGACCACCAGUUUCAGAGGAAAGGCAUGCCAGUUCAGUUCUUUUUCCUUCUUUCAGGGCUCAGGAUAAUCCCAACACCAUGAAUGAUGCUGGAACAUGGCAGAUGUGGAAUACCCCUGCUCUUGGGCAGGAUGGUCUUGGUUUAGUUAGUCGGCCUGCCAGUUGGGUUUUACAUCCUGAUAACUUCCCUUACCAAGAAGAUAGAAUAAACCCAAUGCCUCAAAGAACAAUGGCUUCGUUGUUCAAGAAGGAUGAGCAGGCCACUUUUGGUUCUCUUUCUUCUCAAAAUGUUCCAUUUCAAAAUUCUCAGAAUGGUGGGAAAUUCAAUGCACCUGUCCCUCCUGUUCCUGAUGAUCCAUGGUCGUCAAACAACUUGUUCGGGCAGAUUUCAAGGCCUGAAAAUCCAAUUCUUUCAAAGCCCAAUGAGCUAGCUGGUUCAAAUGGACGGGUUUAUGACAAUCCCGGUGCCCCUGCUGCUAAUUCAUGGGACAAAAAAGAUUGGCCAGUGCAAGGUUCACAUGAAGAUGGUAUUGGGAGAUCUACCACCAGCGGCUCCCAAGUGGAGGCCUGCACGCCACCUCGGAUGUACAGUCUCUUUGGUCACAUGAUUAGAUGAGGAAAAAUAAACAUAGAAAGUGAAGGACCAAGUAUGAGGAACAUGAAUGCUUUUAACUCUUGUACUGACGACGAGACUAUAAUAGUAUUAUAUCAAACUCCAUCCAUUAUAGCAUCCUCUCCUUAUUUUCUAUAUAAGGAAGAUUUAAUUUAGCCUGCCCGGCACAAACUUGGUAUGUUAUGCAUCAUUUUUAUUCUCUCA